AUGGCGGCUGCACUUAUCGCCGCCACGCCCUCGCGGCCUCGCCUUUCCCGCUGGCAUUUGGAGACGGAGGCCUCUCCUCGCGGCUCCGCCGCCUGCACUCCGCCCGAGGGAUCCAGCCUCCCUCCUCCCAGAAUCCCGCCACCUCCCCGCAAAGCUCUCGCUCCCGUCGCCAGAGCCGCAUGCGCGCCGGCGCGGGCGCGACGGAGGAGCCGGGCCAGGCGCCCGGCGACUAGGCCGCGCUUGCGGGGUGGCUGGCGCUGGGCGCGUUCCUGUGCUCCGCCGCCCUGCUCGGCUGCCGUGGCGCGGCACUCACGGCGGCCGAGGACUCCAUCAAGGCGUCUGGGUUCGGGCUGCGGGUGGCGGCAUCGCUUCGGAGGCUGGGCUGGCCCGACGACGAUGUCGUGUUCACCCUUGCCACAUUGUCGGUGCUCAAGAUGCGCAGAGCGAUUCCGGUCGGGUAUUGGAUUUGGAUGCGCCUUCACCCCAUCCGGUUGA